ACAUUUCAGUGAGGGGUGAACUCUGGUGCACAGCUUACACGUGCCCUGGGGGCGGAUAGGAGGGCUGCUAUCAUUCACAUUGCUGCUGCUGGAGGUGGGGGUCUGCCCAGUGCCAGGAGGCAACCUGCAAAGGCCUUUCUGCUUUGUUUUCCUGCAGCUGUUUCUAAAACAAUGGCUUCUACUGAGCUGAAAGAGGAGCUGAACUGUUCCAUCUGCCUGAGCAUUUACACCGAACCCGCCAUGCUGAACUGCGGCCACAACUUCUGCCGGGUGUGCAUCAGCCGCGUCCUGGACACCCAGGAAGAAGCGGGCGUUUACAGCUGUCCCGAAUGCCGAGCCGAACACACAAGCCGCCCUUCAGUGCAGAAGAACAUGAAGCUAUGCAAUAUAGUCGAGUGCUUCUUGUCCUCCAGGCCGGUGCAGGAGCAAGCCGGGAUCUUUUGUACCUAUUGUGUGCAUUGUCCUGUGCCGGCGGUCAAGACGUGCCUACAAUGUGAGACUUCCCUGUGUGACGUCCACCUAGGGGCACACAGCAAGCUGGUGGAGCACACACUGACCGAGCCAACGACGUCUUUGGAAAACAGAAAAUGUUCCAUCCAUAAGAAAUUACUGGAGUACUACUGCAGCCAGGAUGCUACAUGCAUCUGCGUAUCCUGCUGCGCCUUCGGAGAACAUCGGGGGCAUCAGGUGGCUCUUCUCUACGAGGCCUCCAAGAAGAAGAAGGAGAAACUGAGGAAGGUCAUGGAGAAGCUGACCUCGAAGAGAGAAGAGACCGAAAAGAGGGUGCAAAGUUUACAGGAACACCGGCAAAAAGUGGAAGAGAAGGCAUCGACCAUCACCGAGAGGGUUACCCUCUUGUUCAAGGAGAUUCGAGAAGAGUUGGAGGUCUUGGAGAAGAAGGUCUUGAGCGAGAUCUCCAGUCAAGAGGAGCAGGUUUGCCUUCACGUGACCGACCUCAUCCAACAACUGGAGGUGGAGAAAGAAGAGUUGACCAAGAAGAUGCAAUGCAUCGAAGAGUUGUGCAACGUCACCGACCCGUUGACCGUCUUGCAAGGACGGGAGUCGGAGACCGCCAACUGUUACGUCGCUGAGGACGGAGAACAUGGCGAGAAGAAGAGAGAUGACAAGAAGGUCCAGGCCGUGUGCGAUCUGGAUGAAGGUCUGAUCUCGGUGAUGCUACACACGGCCUUAACGGACAUCGUGACCGGUCUAAAUGUCAAGAGAGGCUUCAACAUGAAGGUGGCCUCCAAUAUAAUACUGGACGUCAACACGGCCGGGGACUACGUAGCGGUGUCCCGGGACUUGAAAAUGGCCUCCUGGUCAGAGACUAAGCAGUGCCGACCCAAGACCCCGGAGCGGUUCGUCAAUUAUCACAUAUUAAGCACCAGGAUAUUCACCACUGGACAGAAUUACUGGGAGGUGGAGACUAGCGAAUCCGGCUACUGGAUGGUGGGACUGGCCUACCCAAGUAUCGAGAGAAAAGGAGACCGGGCCGUGACCGGCUACAACAAAAAGUCCUGGUGCCUGCGGAUGUCGGAUAAGAUGCACUCGGCCAUACACGACUCGAAGAUUAACCCUCUGUUCCCCGACACAUCGGUGCAAAGGCUCGGCAUCUACCUGGACUACGAGGCGGGCCGUCUGUCCUUCUACCAGGUGUGUGAGUCCAUCAGGCAUCUGCACACCUUCAUCGCGCACUUCACAGAGCCUCUUCACGCCGCCUUCUGCGUGUAUAAUAAUUCUUGGGUCCGGAUCAGGAGCUGAGACGUCUUGACUUUAUGACCUUGGGUGGUCACGGUGCUGAUGGGAUUGGGUGGUGAUGAGGGAUAUUGUCUUGUAUCGCAACUGCCGGGGGUCAGUGUCUGGGCUGUGCCGCUUCUACAUGGUGUAAUACAAUGAGGGGCCCUGCGUUUCGAGCUUAGUACUUGCUGCUAUUUUACACAUUGAUACACAAGACUCUUUUGCUACGAGAAUUUUUUUUUACUAUUUGUAGGUACAUGCGAGAUACCCCAAUAAUAGAGCUCUGAAGUCACCACUAGGGGCAGUGGUGUAGCUACAGGGGGUGAAGGGGUUACAAAACACAGGACCUGUCACUUCUCCAGACGUGGAGACACUUGCUUUCCCCAUGUAAUAGUAAUUCUGGAGUAUCUGUUCUUAUGACUCUAUGUUGUGCGGUUCCUUUAUUAUUCCUCCUAGAAGUUAUGAAUAAAUUGCUAGGAACUUGCAAUAAAGGUCCAGAUGGAUGUCACUAGUUAGAGUUCCCAAAUAGUCCGACUCCAUCCAUUCGGUGCUGCCAGGGACAUCUAGACCUUCAUUGCAAACUGCUUUUAAUUCACUCAUAACUUCUAGCAGGAAUAAUAGAGGAAUGGCACAACAUUGAGUCAUUAGAAUAGAUGCUCCAGAAUUACUAUUACAUGGGGAUGCAUGCAAUUGCUAAAGCAGACAUGUCAGGAGAGGGGACGGGUCCUCAACCACAGGGGGUACUAUAAAUUGCAUGUAAUAGCUGGGGGGGGGGGGGGGGUGUCUGCUAAGGAUUCUGCAGGCAGGUGGGGGGGGGGGGUGCUCUCUGCAGCUUGUACAUUUUUGGUAGAAUGUAUCUUAAGGAACGUUUCCACACAAAACUAGAAAAAAAAAACGGAAAAAGUCAAGCACCCUAAGGCCCCUUUCACACGGGUGAGUUUUCUGCGCGGGUGCAAUGCGUGACGUGAUCGCAUUGA